AUGGGUCCUCUUUUUCUAGUCCUAUACGUACUCGCCGUCUUCCUCAGCUCCCACCUUUCGAUUGCGCACGAAAGAGAUGAGCCAAAGAUACCACAAUGCAGCAAAUUUCUGACGCGCAAGGAGUGGCGAACUUUGAACAAUAGCGAGAAAGCCAAAUGGGUGGGGGCUGUCAAGUGCUUGGCAAGCAUAAGUCACGAACGGCUCUCCUUAACCAAGAAUCAAACAAUGCUUGAGGGUAAAAGGAGCUUGUAUGACGACUUUUCUUACUCGCAUGCAUUAGUGGAGCACAGUGCCCAUAGGAAUGCUUACUUCUUGCCGUGGCACCGCUGGUUCAUCUACCUAUUCGAUACUUCUCUCCGUCAGACUUGCGGAUACAGCGGGCCAACACCGUACUGGGACUGGUCACGCGAUCACGCAGACCUUUUCAACUCGCCAGUGUUCGAGGAUUCGCCCGAGUAUGGGCUGGGAAGAACAGGGGACCCUGAAGCCGACUGUACCGUCACCACCGGCGCUUUUGCCUCGUCCUCUGGCGAUUUUCAGCUUGCAUGGCCCAUCCGUCAUCGGCUGAGGAGGAAUUUGACACUCAUAACCGGUUGGUAUCCUCAUGAAUUGCCUCAAAACCGCACGCUGGGACUAGAAUCUGUGCGCGACUUGAUCGAAAAAACUACGGGCGAUUUCUAUAAAUUUCAGUACGCAAUGACACAGAUGCACAACCACGUACACGAUUUCGUUGGGGGUGACUUGGCGGGAGAUUGCCCUGAUACCCUGCCGGAGGCGGAUUGUCAGGGCAUGGCAAUGAGCUUCACACCUAACGACCCACUAUUUUGGUUGCAUCACGUACAGCUUGACCGGUUAUGGAGCGAGUGGCAGCAUCACCAUCCAUCCAACUUCGCCGCCUUCUCUGGCAUACCUCUGAAUCCGCACAAUAUGAGCGACCCCCGCUAUGACGUCGAAGCACACGCAGAUCAUCAGAUGCCUUUCGAUGUUCAGAGUGUCCCUAUGAUGCCGAGUACGCUGUUCGACAUUGAGGCCUGGCCGUUGUGUUACAGAUAUACGGACAAAGAGUGA